AUCAAGCCAAUCCUCUUGGUACUGUUUCCAAUUUGCCAUUUACUGAUCCCAAGAAGGCCUCCCGAUCAACUGAAAUUUUACCUUUGAUGGGCAAAGCAUUUGUUCUAUCUUCACCACCUAUACAGAUGGAAAGGAUCAAGGAUACAGCAACCCAACAAGUCAAAAGUAAUUUGAGGUGUGCCAAAUGUUCUGAAGAUCUUUCUUCAUAUCUCCCACCUAUAGGCUUUCUUCAGUUCUCUCCUCAACUUCAAGGUCCCUCGAAACCACUCAUAUACUUAACCUGCAAACAUAUCAUCCAUUACAAUUGUAUCGAUAAUCCACAAAAACUAUGUCCUAUAUGUCUACCAACUGAUAUAGAAAUUGAUAAUAGUGUUAUAGUAACU